AUGAGUGAAAAUGUGCAGGUUGUUAUUCGUUUACGACCGGUACACACGAAGACGAAUUUUAAGGUUCAAAAUCAAACUAUAUCUACUGUGGAACCACCACUGAGGUCAUUCAAUUUCGAUCAUAUAUUUGAUACAUCGUCAUCACAGACUGAUAUACCUGGAGAGUUAUGUUCCAAGUACGUCUUGCAUGCCCUGGAAGGUUAUAAUGCUUGCAUUUUUGCAUAUGGACAGACGGGAUCUGGUAAAACAUACACAAUGCGUGGGACUAAUUCAAACCCAGGAAUUAUCCCGUUACUUUGCCGUGACUUAUUUGAUGCCUUAGAACUGGAUAAAACAACGGUAUCUUCCGUGUCAAUAACAUACUUUGAGAUUUACAACGAGAAACUUAUAGAUUUAUUAGGCGAUACAUCGCCGAGGGUGCGUGAAACAAAUGAUAAGAAAACUUUUGUACAGGACAUCACUACUUUCAAAGUAAACAGAGUGGAAGAAGUGUUGGAGUAUUUGUCUAUAGGUGACUCAAAAAGAUCUGUUGCAUCAACUCGGAUGAAUAUGGAAUCCAGCCGCUCGCAUGCCAUAUUUACGUUGUCAAUCAAGCAGCAGGAACCUGAUGGUUCCAUUCGUGAAAGCGAUUUGAAACUAGUUGAUUUGGCGGGAAGUGAAAGAGCAAACGCUACUAUGGGUAUCGAUAACGGUAAGAGAAUGAAAGAGGGAGCAAAUAUAAAUAAAUCAUUGAGUACUCUUGGCAGAUGUAUAUCCCAGCUUGCAAAGAACUCGAAACAUUUAAUUCCAUACAGAGAUUCGUUGUUGACGUGGGUUUUAAAAGAGAACCUCGGCGGUAACUCUAAAACUUGCAUGAUCGCAUGUAUUUCGCCAAUUGACCUUGAGGAAUCUUUAUCCACCCUUCGUUAUGCUACUACGGCGAAAGAAAUUAAAUUACGUGCAACCAUGAACGAGAUUGUUCCGAAUAUUAACGAAGACAUGAAAGCAGCAGUGGAAGCAGCGGCAUCAAGUAGAAAAGAGUUAGAAAUGCUUAAAUCAGAGAUGAGUUCAUUACAAUCCGAGUACAACAUUAAGUCGGAACAAUGGAAAACUCAUGAGAAACUGUUGGUUCGAUUCAAUCACAUAACAAAGUUGAAUGAUUAUCUAGAAAAUCAGCUUACGAAUGAAAUAACCAAAUCUCAGAGCUUACAAAAUGAAAACAAGCUUUCCAGACUCGAAAUGAGCAAUGUACAGACCGCUCUACUGGGUGUUGUGGGUGCCCUAUUUAGUAAUAAUAAUCAUGACACGAAGAUUAUGGAGGCAACAAAGUUGGUCUCGGAUUUUGAUGAUUUCGUAUCCCGGCUAGAUGAUGACAUUGCUAGUUUUACAUAA